GUUAUGUUUUCGUCGUCGCGUCGUCAAAUCGAAGAAAAGCAACACAAAUAUCAAGUGGUAGGCACUGGCUGAAAAAGAAAACAAGGAAGAUGAUUGACGGAGUUGAUAGGUUUUUCUAUGUUUACAGCUGUGAUCUCAGCAUGAACAUUCAGCUGAAGAUUGGAACACUAGAAGGUAAACGAGAGAACUUAAACUACAAAGCAUUAAUCGAAGAUCCUCAGCUGCAGUUUUCAGGCUCGUACCAAGAAGGGUGCUCAGAUUUAUAUGUCACAUGUCAGGUGUUUGCUGAUGGCAAACCUCUUGCCCUUCCCACGAGCACCUCCUACAGGGCCUUUGUAACUAGAUGGAAUUGGAAUGAAUGGAUAAGUCUUCCGUUAAUGUAUAGCGACCUUCCACGCAAUGCCCAGGCUUGUUUCACUAUUUGGGAUGUCUAUGGUGCGAGGAAAGCUAUACCAGUUGGAGGAACAACUGUCUCUCUAUUUGGAAAGAAUGGCACAUUUCGCCAAGGUAUGCAUGAUAUGAAGGUAUGGCCUGAAGUUGUAGCAGAUGGUAGGACCCACACCACCACGCCAGGAAAAACAGUUGGAAGUGAAGAUGAAAUGGCUCGUCUGGCAAAGCUAGUGAAGAAGCACCACAAAGGUCAUAUGGUCAAAGUUGACUGGCUUGACCGUCUGACCUUUAGAGAAAUAGAAAUGAUCAACGAGAGGGAAAAGAGGAAUUCCAAUUUCAUGUAUCUAAUGAUUGAGUUUUCAAAAGUUUACCAUAGCGGCAAAGAGUUUGCCAUCGUAUACUAUGAUAAGGAUGCACAUGAAUCUGUUCAAAUAGGUAAUUAUGCAGAUAUUGUUAAGGUGCCUGACCCAGAAAUGUUGAUGGAAAAUUUAGUAGAAGAAAAGCACCAUAUACUUGUGAGGAGUGAACGCAGUGGACUGACGGACAAAGACCUCAAACCAAAUGCUGCAACCAGAGACCAACUUAAUUGUGAUCUUGCAACGUUUCUGGUCAACCAGGCAUGUCGUAACUUCACAAUUGCUAAUUAUUUUUAUUGGUACUUGGUUGUGGAGUGUGACAAGCAAGAUGCACUGACUUCAAAAGACCCUAAAGUGACCGAGAUGUAUGUGAAUGUUAUGAAGAGAUUUAGUCAAGCUUUGCUAAAGAAUGGUAAGCAAGGAUACCAGUUCAGGAGUAAGCUAGCAAAGCAACAGAGCUUUGUUGAAAAAAUUGUAAUGCUUAUGGUCAGUAUUACUAGGGAAAGUGGAAAUAGAAAGAAAAAGAUUGAUAGGCUUCAAGCAGUACUUGCCAAUCCAGAACUACUGUCAUUUAACUUCAAGGAGUUUGAUGCUAUUCCACUCCCCCUUCACCCAGAGCACAUCAUCAAGGGGAUCAAACCCGAGACAGCCACCAUAUUCAAGAGCGCCCUCAUGCCCUGCAGGUUGACGUUCAUGACUAUGGAGGAUGAGGAGUAUGUGGUGAUUUGCAAGAACGGUGAUGACUUGAGGCAAGAUCAGUUGAUACUGCAGAUGAUACAACUCAUGGACAAGCUUUUAAGACAAGAGAACCUUGACCUGAAGUUGACCCCAUAUCGUGUGUUAGCCACCAGCAGUAAACAUGGAUUGGUCCAAUUUGUUGCCAACUCUACAGCAGUUGCUGAAGUACUUGCAAAGUAUGAUGGUAAUAUUCAGAACUUCUUCCGAAAGUGUGCUCCGAGUGAAAUGGGUCCGUAUGGAAUCCACCCGGACGUGAUGGACACUUACGUGAAAAGCUGUGCCGGGUAUUGCGUGAUCACAUACCUGCUUGGUGUUGGUGACCGUCAUUUGGACAAUUUGUUGCUGACUGAGGAUGGCAAAUUGUUCCACAUUGAUUUUGGGUACAUCCUAGGCCGUGAUCCCAAACCUUUACCACCACCAAUGAAGCUUAGUAAGGAGAUGGUGGAGGGAAUGGGAGGAACAUCCAGUGAGCACUACCAAGACUUCAAGAGACUCUGCUACACAUCAUUUCUACAUCUAAGGAGACAUGCCAAUCUGAUUCUUAACCUGUUUUCUUUGAUGGUGGAUGCAAGCGUUCCUGACAUCGCCUUAGAGCCGGACAAGACUGUCAAGAAGGUACAGGAUAAGUUCCGUUUAGACCUGACUGAAGAAGAAGCUGUACACUACAUGCAGAAUCUGAUUGAUGUUAGUGUGGGGGCGGUAUUUGCUGCUGUUGUUGAACAGAUUCAUAAAUUUGCCCAGUACUGGAGAAGAUGAUGACCUGCAACGAACUUGAAAGAGUAGCAAUAUUAUAGCUCGACCUGUAUACGGACACCUGCAAAGGUAGCAACAUGCAAGUGAGAUGUCACAUCUGUUGGUUUCAUUAUUGAGCUUCUUAUAAAAAUUCAUCUGCAUUGUCCUGUUGAUUUGCAGUUGGUAUUUUGAAUUGUUAAUGUCCACUAUUGAUUGUGUUCGUAACAGUUAAGCUUAGAUUAUCUUAUGUAAAACUCCUGUUGGCAUCAACCAGAAUAUUAAGUCAAGUGUGAAGUGAAUAUAUGUCCAACAUGCUCCUGCAGAAAUAUGUACUAUAUAUAAUUCUAUUUUACUUUCAAUAAAAAAUACUUAGAUUAUCUGUAAUGUAAUUAAUGUAUAUGUUUAUAACUUUUCAAAUUAUUUACAGGAGAAAAGCAUAAAAAUCUGUCAUUAAAUGAAGAAACUGUGCUUUGAAAAAUAUAGGCCUAUAAUAGAUACUAGAGACAUAAUGCUUAGGAAUAGGCCUGAUAUACAGUCUGUAUUUUAGUGUAUGUAUGUUGUGUGCAGCUUUAAUGCUUUUUGGCUGUCACUAACAGUUAUGUCACUUACAGUGUUCACUGUAAAACAAUGAUAUUCUCCAGAUGGCUGUCAAUAAUCUCAUUAAAAUAUUGAGACAUCAAGCCAAUUCCUUUUUUUUCUGAGAAUCGUUUUUUUCUCGUAAAGGUCUCCCUCCAAUGAAAGACCACUUUAGGGACCAGUGUGUUCAUAGUCUUUAGCAGCUUUGGUCUUUAAUUAGACAAAUAUUAUAAAGAUAUAGAUAGGCACUCAUUUGAGGACUGCAGAAAGGUAGUAUUUCAUUGGAGGGAUUGGAGAAAAUACUAGUUCAAUGGAAUUGUAAUUAUUAUUGAUGGCUACCCAACCAUUCAGGAUAUAUUAUUUAAUGAAAAGGAAGAUUGCACAUUGUUGACAUAAGGUGCUGUAAAAAAAAAUUGUAAAAGCAAUAUAAAAAAUAUGUUCACAAUCUAUAUGGUAGCAAUUUAGACCUAUUCAGAAGAAAACAAUUGACUAUAUAAAAUGAUAAGAUCAAAAGAAAAACACUAAUUAUUACUGAAUAUACUGUACUUUUGUUAUCUAUUGAAAUAUUUGCGAUAUUUUUAAUCUUCAAAUUAUUAUGUGCAAUUUACCUCAGAAUAAAAUUACAAAUACGUCAAUUGUA